UUCUACAACCCUGCUGAAGAAACGAAAGUUAAAAACAGACUAUGUUUUCUGUGUGAUGUUUACAGUUGAUCGUGAGAAUUCUUUUCUCCAUUUUGGAAGGAGAAAACCUGAUCAUUAAACUUUUUUAUUUGCUUAUGUGGGAGAACACAUGAACACAAUGGGAAAUCAAAGACGUUUUGAGAAGUUGUCUAGAAACUGAACGUUUUUAUCAAAGCAAGUCUUCAGCUGUGGAGCAGAAAGACACUUCCUUAUUCAUAGUCAGUGUUGAAGAUCAAACUGUUCAGAUCCAUCAUGAAUGAAACACAAACAUCUGGAGAUGAAGAGUAUUCUCCAGCCUGCAGCUCAGUUCAUCAGAAGAGAUCAGAAGCAGAGCCCAGCUGUGUGUCUAUGAAGAGUGACUGCUCUAUGGAUCGGCCACCAGUGAAGUUUAAGAGUGAAGAUUCACAGCCUGGACUCAGUUCAGUUCAUCAAAAGAGAUCAGAAGCAGAGUCCUGCUGUGUGUCUAAGAAGAGAGAGACAUCUGUGAUUCAGUCUUUAGAUUUUAAGAGAAGAGUCCUCGACACAUUUAGAUCAAAUCUGCUGAAGAAGUUUGAGUGUCUGUGUGAGGGAACAGUGAUGCAGAGAUACCCAACACUGCUGAAUGAGAUCUACACAGAGCUCUACAUCACAGAGAGUCAGAGAAGAGAGAACAAUAAUGAGCAUGAGGUGAGCCAGAUUGAGACACAAUCCAGGAGAGAAGCAACAGAGGACACAGCCAUCAAAUGCAGUGACAUCUUCAGACCUUUACCUGGACAAGACAAAGACAUCAGAACUGUGCUGACAAAGGGAGUGGCUGGCAUCGGAAAAACAGUCUCUGCGCAGAAGUUCAUUCUGGACUGGGCAGAAGGGAAAGAGAAUCAGGACGUCCAGCUCAUAUUUCCACUUCCUUUCAGAGAGUUUAACUUUAUGAAGGACAAAACACUUAGUCUUUCAGAUCUUCUUCAUGUCUUCUUCCCUGAAACUAAAGAAAUGGAAAUAUCCAGUGAUGAAUAUAAAGUGUUGUUCAUCUUUGAUGGUCUGGACGAGUGUCGUCUGUCUCUGGACUUUAAGAGUAAAGUGAAUCUGUGUAAUAUAUCUGAGUCAGCCUCAGUGGAUGUGCUGCUGGUUAACCUGAUUGUGGGGAAUCUGCUUCCCUCUGCUUUCAUUUGGAUCACCUCCAGACCAGCAGCAGCUGAUCUCGUCCCCUCUGAGUGCGUCCAUCGAGUGACAGAGGUACGAGGCUUCAAUGAGCCACAGAAGGAGGAAUACUUCAGGAAGAGGAUCAGUGAUCAGAGUCUGGCCAACAGGAUCAUCUCACAUCUGAAGUCCUCCAAGAGCCUCUUCAUCAUGUGUCACAUCCCAGUCUUCUGCUGGAUCUCAGCCACUGUUCUUGAGAAGAUCUUGAGUCGAGCAGAGACUGGAGAGAUUCCCAAGACUCUCACUCAAAUGUACACACACUUCCUGAUCCUUCAGACCAACAUCAAACAUGAGAAGGACUAUGAGAAAAAAAUGACGGAUGAAGACAUUAUCCUCAAACUGGGGAAACUGGCUUUUCGGCAGCUAGUGAAAGGAAACCUGAUCUUCUAUGAUGACGACCUGAGAGAGUGUGGAAUUGAUGUGACAGAAGCAUCAGUUUAUUCAGGACUGUGCACUCAGAUCUUCAGAGAGGAGCUGAGCUUGUUUCAGGGGGAAGUCUUCUGCUUCGUUCAUCUGAGCCUUCAGGAACAUCUAGCAGCUCUAUAUGUACACCUCUCAUUUACAAACAAGAAGAGAAAUGUGGUUGACCAAAUCCAACAAAAAUCUUUCUUUAAUGUCUUCUUUAAUGAAAUUAGACCAUUAUCUGAGCUGCAUCAGAGAGCUGUGGAUGAGGCUCUACAGAGUAAGAAUGGACAUCUAGACCUUUUCCUGCGGUUUCUUCUGGGUCUCUCAGUGGAGUCCAAUCAGACUCUCUUAAGAAAACUACUGACACAGACAGGAAGCUGCUCCUACAACAAAAGGGAAACAGUUCAGUUCAUCAAAGAGAAGAUCAGGGAGAAUCACUCUUCAGAGAAAUCCAUCAAUCUGUUUCACUGUCUGAAUGAACUGGGUGAUGAUUCACUGAUUCAGGAGAUUCAGGGUUAUCUGAAAUCUGGAAAAAUAAGAGAAAUCAAACUCUCCUCUUCACAGUGGUCAGCUCUGGUUUAUGUGUUGCUGACAUCAGAGCAGAAGAUGGAUGUUUUUGAUCUAAAACAGUUUGUUGGGAAACAACAUACAGGAGAUGAAGUUCUUCAGUAUCUGUUACCUGUGGUUAAAGAAUCCAGAUCAGUUCGGCUAUGCGGAUGCAAACUCACUGCUCAGUCUUGUGGAAGUUUGUCUUCAGUUUUACAAUCCUCAAACUCAAACAUCCUGAGAGAGCUGGACCUGAGUAACAAUGACCUGCAGGAUUCUGGAGUGAAGCUGCUCUCUGAAGGACUGAAAAGUCCAAACUGUCAUCUUGAGAUUCUGAGGCUAUGGGGAAGCAAACUCGCCACUCAGUCUUGUGAAAGUUUGUCUUCAGUUUUACAAUCCUCAAACUCAAACAUCCUGAGAGAGCUAGACCUGAGUAACAAUGACCUGCAGGAUUCUGGAGUGAAGCUGCUCUCUGAAGGACUGAAGAGUCCAAACUGUAAUCUGGAGAUUCUGAGGCUAUGUGGAUGCAAACUCACUGUUCAAUCUAGUGAAAGUUUGUUUUUAGAUUUACAAUCCUCAAACUCAAACAUCCUAAGAGAGCUGGACCUGAGUAACAAUGACCUGCAGGAUUCUGGAGUGAAGUUGCUCUCUGAAGGACUGAAGAGUCCAAACUGUCAUCUGGAGAUUCUGAGAUUGUCUGGCUGUAUGGUGACAGAGAAAGGCUGUGGUUAUGUGUCUGCAGCUCUGACUUCAAACCCCUCACACCUGAGAGAACUGGAUCUGAGCUACAAUCAUCCUGGAGAUUCAGGAGUGAAGCUGCUCUCUGAAAAACUGGAGGACUCAUCCUGCUCAUUGGACAAACUGAAAGUUGAUCAUGGAGGAGAAACCAGGAUUACUGAAGGACUGAAGAAAUAUGAGUGUUUUUUCACACUGGAUCCAAACACAGCACACACUCGUCUCAUUCUGUCUGAGGAGAAGAGAAAGGUGAUGUGUGUGUCUCAGUCUCAGUCUCAGUCGUAUCCUGAUCAUCCAGACAGAUUUGAUGGUGUAUAUCUUCAGGUGUUGUGUAGAGAGAGUGUGUGUGGACGCUGUUACUGGGAGACUGAGUGCAGUGGACAUGUGGAGAUAUCAGUGUCAUAUAAGAACAUCAGCAGGAAGGGACCGUGUGAAGAGUGUUGGUUUGGAUUUAAUGAUCAGUCCUGGAGUUUGUUCUGCUCUCCUGACAGAUACUCAUUCAGACACAAUAAGAUAGACACUGAUCUAUCUGUGAAGCCCAUCAUCAUCAGAAGAAGAACAGGAGAGUAUGAAGAUAUCUCUACAGUAGGAGUGUAUGUGGAUGAGAGCGCAGGAACUCUGUCCUUCUUCAGCGUCUCUGACACAAUGAGACUCAUCCACACAGUUCAGACAACAUUCACUCAGACACUCUUUCUUGGGUUUGGUGUUUAUUAUAAAUCAUCAGUGAAACUGUGUUGAUGAAUCAGAAGAGACUGAUGAGAUUCUACCCUUAAUACUUUGAACUGCAUGAUGAAUCAGUAACAGUGAGAUGUUAUGAAUCUCUCAAGACAUUAAUACUGCAGCUCAACUUCUAUAGAAACAGAAAUAUAAGAAUCAAUAAUUAAUCUAAAAAAUAGAUAUAAAAGAAUAAAUGUGUCAGAAAUAGAAAGAGCCGUGUCUGUGUUUGUGUGUGUGUGUGUAUAAUU